UCUUGCUCAACUCCACCUUUCCUCGGCGCGAUACACAACACCAUCCAUCCGCCCACCAUGUUGCCGCCGCCUUCUGCAGCCAACGCCCAGCUGCGACAGCUCAUACACUACCACCUCGACAACGGCUUCACCGAAAACGCGCUCUUCCUCGCCGGCCGUCUACACGCUCUGGACAGCCGCAACGCCGAUGCUGCGCAUUUGUUAGCCCUCUGCAACCUUCGAUUAGGAAGGUACAAAGCUGCGUUUGAACACUCCAAGAACAAGGCUGCGCAGGCGCAACAUUUGGGAUGUGCGUACGUGUUUGCGCAAGCAUGUCUGGGCCUGGAGCGCUUUGAGCUGGGAGCUGUGGCGCUCGAGAAGGCUAGAGGACUGUGGCAUGGGCGAAACCACUGGAACAAGCACUCGGAGACGUCAAGACGGCAUGUUCCCGACGCUGCAGCGUGCUUCUGCCUGCUAGGGAAACUUUGGGCAGCACACGGCGACACCAAGAAGGCUAUCGAAUACUAUGUGGACUCGCUGAAGCUCAACUCGUUCAUGUGGGAUGCUUUCACCGGUCUCUGCGACAUUGGCGCUGUUGUUCGACCGCAGAACGUCUUCACCAUCACCCCGGCUAUGCUGGAUUCCAUAUCGCACAUUGCACAGAACGGCCACACAGCGCAAGUCGCACCACCACAAGAAAGCUUGGAGAGCAGCAAUCCAUUUGUUUCGAGGCCUGAUGACGACCCAUUCAAUCCACCAACACGGCAGCGCGGAGAUGCAGGACUCAACAUGGGAGGAACGAACUUGCUUUCGAAGCUGAACGGCAGGAAUCCAGCGCCUAACGGGCGAUAUCUCAACAUCGAAACUCCGGUGGCUAACGGCCAGGACCCUGACGACGACGAUAUGAUGAUGGGCGAGAGCGGAGGUCCAGUCAUGACAGAGCGUGGGCCAGCCGAUAUCAUGCACGCGCCAGGGCGGAAGAUUAGGAUGCAACCGUUUGCCGCCGUGGAAGACCCGCCUAGGAUGCGGCCGAUCACGUCGAGAGUGCGAACGAAAACGAACCCUUCAGAUGGCGAGCAGACAGACAUACCACGACCGGUGAAUCAGAAUGGUCAUAAGAGGACCAUCUCCGGCCACUCUACGCAUGUGCAACACACACAAGCCUCACAACAACACGCAGUCGACCCUACAGCCGCACCACCGCGUAGAAGCGCCCGAUUGUUCAACUCCAUUGCCUCCAUAGGAUCCACUCGCACUACAAGUCGACCGCCAGCAGCUGCUCCUAGUAGAGACCCAGAGAUAAGAGAACGACGAGAGCUGCGGAAGGUCAAGGCGACAGGAACGAAGGGAAGGACAGGCACCGCAUCGACUGUAGGACGAGUCGUUAGCGGCAACCGGAAACCAACCCUCGAUGCUACAGAGCCCUUAGAACCCAAGCCAAGGCCGCUGAGCGCAGCUGCGAUAGCACCACCGCCGCCUCCCAGAAUGGCUCCUCCAACAGAUAUCACCCGUGAAGAGGAAGCGUUGAAAUGGCUUCUAGACCUGCUGCACAGGAUUGGAUCCGGUUACAGGUACCUGAGCCGCUACGAGUCAGUGAAAGCCUUGGAAGCAUUUGCGUCUGUACCAAUAGCACAGCGCGAGACACCAUGGGUGCUUGCGCAUAUCGGCAAAGCACACUACGAACGCGCACAGUAUGCAGAGGCGGAGAAGGUAUUCAAGAGGAUACGUGAGAAAGCACCUUCAUACCUCGAACACAUGGAGGUGUACUCCAACACACUAUGGCAACUGAAGGAUGAGGUUGCUCUUGGUCACUUGGCGCAUACAUUGAUCGAUCAGGAUCGUCUGUCACCGCAAGCGUGGUGUGCCCUCGGUAACGCAUCGUCUCUUGAGCGACAACAUGACGACGCAGUCAAGUGCUUUGCGCGAGCCACGCAACUGGACCCUAAGUUUGCUUACGCGUUCACUCUGCAAGGUCACGAGCACGUAGCCAACGAGGAGUUCGACAAAGCCAUGCAGGCGUACCGGAACGCGAUCAGUGCCGACAACAGGCAUUACAACGGCUGGUACGGUCUCGGAAAUGUAUACGAGAGGAUGGGCAAGUACGAUGUCGCUGAGAAGCACUACAAGGCCGCAUCCCAGAUCAAUCCAAACAAUGCUAUGAUUAUUGUCAGGAUUGGGCUGGUUCUUGACCGUAUGAAGAAAAUCGAUGUCGCCCUCACACACUUCCAAGCUGCUGUGAACCUUGACCCUCGAUCCAUCAUGGCGCGCUUCCGCAAGGCGCAAACACUACUCAAGCUGGGAGACUCAGAAGCGUCUCUCAGGGAGCUGCUUGUCCUGAAGGACCUAGCGCCUGAUGACCCGAACAUCCACUUCCUGCUUGGCCGCUGCUACAAGAAAGGCCGAGACCGUGCGAACGCUAUAAGACACCUUACGAUUGCGAUGAACCUGGAUCCGAAGUCUCAUGGCGUUAUCAAGGAGGUCAUGGAGUCGAUUGAUCAGGAUGACAAUGCUGGGUGGAGCAGUGAGGAGGACAGAUGAUAACCCUCUUAUUCACAACUAACGAACACUCGGACCUCUUGUACGAACCUUGGACACCGAUUGCACCCCGAGCGCAUCGCUAUCGCCGGCAUCACAUAAUCAACCUCAUCCUCACUCUCGCAAACGUACACAAAAUCGGCCUUUAUACCCUUCGUUAUUGUACUCUUUAACGUUGCAUGUUCUUGGGGCGAGCAAAAGCUGGUUUGCAUUUGCAUUGCAUUGGAGGAAGGAGUUUGUCAAGUUGCUACCCAUUUGGGCAGUGCUGGGUUAUGCAUUGCUUGUUUUGACAAGGCACGCUGGACGAGGAUAUGAGUUAUACCAACAGUUUUUUUUGGAUGAUGGAUUGCAUGGACUGGUGUCUUGUGCUGGACUGUACAGUAGGUAGCUUAACGAUCAACAUCUUACG